AUGCCCAGCUUUCUCGAUGGCGAGAUGCUGCCGCCGCCGGCAGCAUCAAUGCGCCGCGAUCACCACACCUACGGCGGCAACAACGCGUUCCACAACUUCUACAACGACUAUUCACACAUCACCGACCCCAACUUGAGGAGGCGUCUGGCCCUUUCCGAGAUUGACAAGGUUCCCUUUGGGUUUUACCAUGUUCGAGCCGUACUGGUCGCCGGAGCCGGCUUCUUUCUCGAUUCCUACGACAUCUUUGCCAUCAAUCUCAUCACCACCUUUCUCGGGGUUGUCUUUUACAGCGGAGACAGCCAAAUCAACGGCUACGGGGGCAAUGGCGGUAUUCUGCCCGACCCCGUCAACCAAGCGCUCAAGGCCUCGACCAGUGGCGGUAUUGUGCUGGGAAUGCUCCUCUUUGGCCUGCUUGCCGAUGCGCUUGGUCGUCGCCGCAUGUACGGCGUCGAGCUCAUCAUCAUCACCGUUGGCACAUUCGGCUGUGCUCUUGCGUCUCCGAGUCCCACGAUUAGCGCCGCCGGCCUGCUGGUCUUCUGGCGUGUCAUGAUGGGCAUCGGUAUUGGGGGCGAUUACCCCCUUUCUUCGGUCAUUACUUCAGAGUUUGCGCCGACACGCUGGCGUGGGGCCAUGAUGGCUGCUGUCUUCUCCAUGCAGGGCCUUGGUCAGCUUUUAGCCGCCAUUGUUGCGCUUGUCACCACGGUGGCGUUCAAGAGCCAUUAUAUCAACAUCUCGACGGAGGGAGCCUGCGAUUUGGCCUGCAGGGAGGCCGCGGAUCGGUCGUGGCGAAUCGUCGUUGGCUUCGGUGCCAUCCCUGCCUGCCUGGCCCUGUACUACCGCAUCACCAUUCCCGAGACGCCUCGGUACACCUUUGAUAUACAAAACGACAUUGAAAAGGCCGAUGCCGACAUCCGCGCCUACGUGUCGAGCAAGUCAAAGAGCGACUAUUCCAUCAAGCGCUCCCGCUCGACGACGUUGACUACCGAACAGCCGCUCGACGUGCCCGCCGCUUCAUGGCCGGACGUGAUGAGCUACUUUGGCACAUGGAGGAACUUCAAGGUGCUCCUUGGCACGACCAUGUCGUGGUUCUUCCUGGAUCUCGCAUACUACGGCCUGGGCUUGAACAACUCCCUGGUGCUAAGCGCCAUCGGCUAUGCUGAUGGACACACAUUGUAUCAUAAGCUAUACAACCAAGCCGUUGGCAUGAUUAUUCUCGCAUGCGCCGGGUCCAUCCCGGGCUACUGGGCCGCCGUCUUCACAAUCGACAGUGUCGGCCGAAAGCCCCUUCAGUUUAUUGGCUUCCUUCUGCUGACUGUCAUAUUCUGCGUCCUCGGCUUCUGCUUUCACGCCUUGAGCGAGACUGCAAUGCUUGUCCUCUACAUCGUUGCGCAAUUCUUAUUCAACGCCGGCCCAAACACGACGACGUUCAUCAUUCCCGGAGAAUGCUUUCCCACGCGAUACCGAUCGACUGGCCACGGCCUCUCUGCGGCUGCUGGCAAGGUCGGUGCCAUUAUUGCCCAGGUCAUCAGCAUUCCGAUACUGAACAAGGAUGCUCCUGCUAAUUGCAAAGGGGGGACCUCGUGCUCAUCGCAUCUCAACCGCCUCUUGCAGCUGUUUGCGCUCUUCAUGUUGCUGGGCACGCUAGUUUCGCUCUUGGUUCCGGAGACCAAGGGGCUGACGCUGGAGGAGCUAUCAGGCGAGGCCCGUACCAGCUACAAUGCCGGGUGCAACGGCAGCAUCAACAUUCCCUCGCCCGAGUUGCGGCCGUGGAACCCCUUCAGUGGCGGCCGACCAGCCGGAUUCUUUUAUCCGCGGGCGCAUGGCAGCUCCUUUGCCAACGUUGGCCGACGCUCUCCUCAUCCCGGCAUCAUGGAGUCUCCCGAGAUCUUUGCCCAGUCCGAUCCCUCCCAACAAAGGACGCGAUUCUGGAGAAGAAGAUUCAGAAGGUCCCACAGAAGCGAGAGGACCGACGAGAUCGCCCUCAGCCGUCGCCCGAGCAGCUUCCACGAAGCUGCCGCCUCGGACGAAAUCACGCUGACGGACGGCUUUCUGGCACCGGGGGCGGCGAGCUCGUCGCGGUACCGGCCACACAACACGCAACAAGAACUGCCCAGCUGGGGAGCAGGCUGGGGCCGAAUCGACAGGGGAGGGCCUCCGCCCCUGGCGGCAUCGAUGCAGCUGCAGGAUGUCGGCUCUCUGUUGAAAAACUGA